GAGCCUGGGAGGGGGAUGUGGUCGCUCUGGGACAACCAGAGUGGAGCCGGCUGCCUCCUGGAGGAGGAGGCCUGGCGAUGGGGGAGCCUGGCGGUGGUGGAGGUGGGGGGAACGGCAAGAUCCUGUGCACCCUCCCUGUUGAAAUCCACAGAGCUCUGGCCGGUCGGGGCGGGGCUCACCCCUACGGGCCCCUCACAUCUUCUCUUUAAUCCUGCCUCCUCCAUGCCCCUGGCCAAGCGGUGUCGCCUCCAGCCUAGAGAUGCCGCCAAGAUGCCUGAGAGCGCCUGGAAGUUUCUUUUCUAUCUGGGCGCCUGGAGCUACAGUGCCUACCUGCUAUUUGGCACCGACUACCCGUUCUUUCACGACCCACCCUCCGUCUUCUACGACUGGACGCCGGGCAUGGCGGUACCACGGGACAUCGCAGCCGCCUACCUGCUGCAGGGAAGCUUUUAUGGCCACUCCAUCUACGCCACGUUGUACAUGGACGCCUGGCGCAAGGACUCGGUGGUCAUGCUCAUCCACCAUGUCGUCACCCUGGUCCUCAUCGUCUCCUCCUAUGCCUUCCGGUAUCACAACGUGGGCAUCCUCGUGCUCUUCCUGCACGACAUUAGCGACGUGCAGCUGGAGUUUACCAAGCUCAAUGUCUACUUCAAGUCCCGCGGAGGAUCCCACCACCGCCUCCACGCCCUGGCGGCGGACCUUGGCUGCCUCAGCUUCAGCGUCAGCUGGUUCUGGUUCCGCCUCUACUGGUUUCCGCUCAAGGUUCUGUACGCCACGUGCCACUGCAGCCUGCGCUCAGUGCCCGACAUCCCCUUCUACUUCUUCUUCAAUGCACUCCUCCUGUUGCUCACCCUCAUGAACCUCUACUGGUUUCUGUACAUCGUGGCUUUUGCCGCCAAGGUGCUGACCGGCCAGGUGCGUGAACUGAAGGACGUGCGGGAAUACGAUGCAGCAGAGGCCCAGAGCCCCAAGCCCGGCAAAGCUGAGUGAGUGUGGAGGGGCCACCGCCCCGGUUCAUUCCUUUAGCCACGCCUGGCCUGCCGCACGCACUCUGGGGGCCCUGGAGACGAGGCAGCGGAUGACCCGCCCCGGACGCUGCCCCCUGGAGCCUCCAUCCCAAAGAGACUGCAAUAAAGCCGUGGAAGAUUAGCCACAGAGUUAGAUGCUGUCAGGCCAGACAGGACGUGGGUAGAGUGGCCUGGGGGUGGGGGCAGCCUGGUGGGGGCGGAGAAUCGGUCUCCGUGGUAGGAGCAGUGAGGGCCAAGCUAGUAGCUGGUUCGGUGCACCAGCAGCUGGGAGCCAGGCCAGAGGGGAAUCCGUAAGCAGGUGGCAGUGGGGGUGGGGAGGAGGGGGAGCGGGCAGCCCACUGGUCAGUUGAGCAGGAGGAGGGGCUGGGGGCUCAGACCCAGUCUGGCCCAGGUGGGAGUCCAGGGAAGGAGGGGAGAAGGCCCAACUGAGCACCGCAGAGGUAGGACACCCGGGACUCGCCAGCUCUAGGUUGUAAGCCAGAUGAUGUCCAAUGCCCCCAGCCUGGAGGGGCCCCAGGAAUGAAUGGAGGCAGGUUUGGGUGACCAGUGGAGUCUAGGGUAUCCAGUGCUCCAGAGACAACACGAGGAGUGUUUGAGCAGCAGCAAGGUGGGAGCCCGCUGAUGGCUCACGAGGCACCGAGUCAGUAGAACCUAUGAUUUGGCUUCUGGGGGGCUCAUCGGUGACCAGCCUGGGAAAGGUGGUCUCAGGGAAGCUUUGUGCUCAGAGCUCGAUGAGGUGGGUCAGAAUGGGCCAUGAGGAGGAGGAGAGAAGCAGAGAUUUUAAAAAUCUUCUUGAAAUACAGAAGAAGAGCAGGGAACUGGGGGUUGCCAGAGUGGAGAGCUGAGGGCUCUGUGGCCAGUUCGCAUAAAUAAAGGCACUUUAUACCCUCCAAGCCUGGAACUACAGGUGAGGGGUGCUAAGACCAAAAUCCAGCACCCAGGCCAGAGGGGGACCAGAGAGGUGAGCAGGGAUCACUGAUAUGAGAGGGCUGGGCAGCAGGUGGGGUCUCCCCAGCUGGAUCAUAUGUGGGCAUGUUGGCCCAGGUGACUGAUCACCACGAGGCCGUCACUGUCAUCGGGGCAUGAGGGCACAGGGGCCGUAGCCAGGAGGAAUGUGGUCAGAUCCCAACUCUGCUGUAGAACCAACCAGACUUGUUUUAGGUGAAACAAAAAUAAAAGAAAAGACAAUCCAAGA